GUCAUGCUGACGACGAACUUCUUUACCAACAUGGCGCUCUUGUUUGUUCCGCUUAAAUGUGGGUUUAGGUUUCAAAGACGAAAAUUAGCGUUUUUGCUUCGUCAGACGAGUUCAUAUCAUAUUUUGAGUAGAAGUGCAAAUGAAAACGUGACGGACCAUAAAAGACAAAGUAAAUAUGUGCUGAGUCCUUCACAAGUACGAACAGCUGCAUGGAGUGCGAACACGAGUGCAACCAGUCGACAGAUACUGGAGACAGUAAGACACCUGCAGACAACAGACAAGCGAACAUGUUGGCAUGGACAUGCUGGUGGACGUCUAAGUGCAGAUCCAAAGAAUGUGUUCAAGGAGGUGAAUACAGUCAAUAUCCUGGCUGCAAUGGUGUCUCACGUUUGGCCAAAGGACAGACCUGACCUUCGGGCCCGAGUUGCCGUCUCUCUGGGCCUGCUUGCUGGAGCCAAGAUCACCAACGUGAUUGUGCCCUUCAUGUUUAAGUAUGCAGUGGACGAGCUUAACCAGAUGUCGGGACACAUGCUGAACCUGAAUGACGCGCCAAGCACUGUGGCUACCAUGGCAACAACCGUGCUGAUUGGCUAUGGUGUGUCCCGGGCAUGUGCAGCCCUCUUCAAUGAGCUAAGAAACACUGUGUUUGGCAAGGUUGCCCAGAGUUCUAUCCGACGCAUUGCCAAGAAUGUCUUCCUUCACUUGCACAACUUGGAUUUGGGCUUCCAUCUCAGCCGCCAGACAGGGGCACUGUCCAAAGCCAUUGACCGUGGCACCCGGGGCAUCUCCUUUGUCCUCAGCGCACUUGUCUUUAAUCUUGGACCCACAGUAUUUGAAAUGAGCCUUGUUAGUGCCAUCUUGUAUUACAAAUGUGGUGGAGAGUUUGCAGCAGUGGCUUUGGGUACCUUGUCAGCAUAUAGCAUUUUUACUAUUCUGGUCACUCAGUGGAGGACCCGUUUCCGGAUAGAAAUGAACAAAGCGGACAACGAUGCAGGCAACGCAGCUAUUGACUCCCUCCUUAAUUAUGAAACUGUUAAGUACUUCAACAAUGAAAAGUAUGAGGCUGAUAGGUAUGAUGGAUUCUUGAAAAUCUAUGAGUCAUCCUCUUUAAAAACCACAUCCACGCUAGCCAUGCUCAACUUUGGACAGAGUGCCAUCUUCAGUGUUGGUCUCACUGCCAUCAUGUUGUUGGCCAGCAAGGGGGUUGCAGCAGGUUCAAUGACAGUGGGAGACCUGGUGAUGGUGAAUGGCCUGCUCUUCCAGCUCUCCCUCCCUCUCAACUUCCUGGGUACAGUGUACAGAGAGACCAGACAGGCCCUCAUAGACAUGAACACACUUUUCACCCUGCUCAGCGUAGAUACUAAGAUCAAGGAGAGGGAUCUUGCCCCAGCAUUAGCCAUCACUCCGCAGGAGGCCACCAUCCGCUUCGAAGACGUUUACUUUGAAUACCUGGAGGGACAGAAAGUCUUAAACGGAGUGUCAUUUGAUGUACCUGCUGGAAAGAAGGUGGCUAUAGUUGGCGGCAGCGGGUCAGGGAAGAGCACCAUUGUGCGGCUGCUGUUCCGUUUCUAUGAGCCUGACCGGGGGAGCAUCUACAUAGGGGGGCAGAAUAUCCGAGACGUCAGCCUCGACAGCCUGAGGAAGGCUUUAGGGGUCGUACCUCAGGAUGCUGUUCUGUUCCACAACACCAUCUUCUACAAUCUGCAGUAUGGCAACGUCAACGCUACACCAGAAGAUGUUUACCAAGUAGCACGUCUAGCAGGCAUCCAUGACGCCAUCCUCAGGAUGCCCCAUGGCUAUGGCACCCAGGUUGGGGAGCGGGGCCUCAAGCUGUCAGGAGGGGAGAAGCAGCGUGUCGCCAUCGCUCGGGCAAUACUAAAGAACCCCCCGAUCCUCCUUUAUGACGAAGCAACGUCCUCUCUGGAUUCCAUCACAGAAGAGAACAUUCUGAGCUCAAUGAAGGAGAUGGUGAAGGACAGGACAUCUGUCUUCAUUGCUCACAGGCUUUCCACAAUUGUAGAUGCUGAUGAAAUUAUCGUACUCAAUGGGGGUAAAGUGGCCGAGCGAGGGAACCACCAAACCCUCUUGAGUACGCCGGGCAGUCUGUACGCAGACCUGUGGAACACCCAGAACAGCAAAAUCCUGAGCAGCAACAGGAGCACGCCACAGCCGUCUGUAGAGCGCCUUUCCAGCAAGGAGGAGGAGAGAAGAAAAUUGCAGGAGGAGAUCCUCAACAGCGUGAAGGGCUGCGGGAACUGCUCCUGCUGAGCCGAGGAGCUGCCUCAUUGUUUCCGCGUCACCACACAACACGACCUUGGCUGGAAUCCGCGACCUGUGCGGUGUUGGGUGGGGACGUCUCCGGCAAACCUCCACCUAUUUGGCUCUGCCGCUCCUCCGGCGGUGAACAAAGGCCAACGCUCACCAAAGUGAAGGAGGAGAAGCACAACAGGGAACAAGCGUGUUUAGCACUGGCCAGUGUCCAGAUACGGAGCUUGUGUGCCAGUUGCCUCAGCUGAAGCCAAGAACGGGAGACCCCGUACAUCACAUACGUGUGUGCGAGACAUCUGUUACUCAACAUGUUCCCCCUCCCCCAUUUUUGACAUCAGG